CUCCCCAACACCACAACCACACACACCAUGUCAUUCAAAUUCGGGCUCAAUGUAAAAAACAAGACGGCGCCUGGGCUCGCGAAGCCCGCACUGGGCAAGAAGAAGAAGAAAGCCUUCCUGGACGACGACGAAGACGAAGACACCAAGCACAAGGGCAAAGCCAAAGCCACAGACGGCAUACAAGAAUUCGGCGAACUCACCUUCGAAGACACAAUCGCCUCGACCUCCGGCCCCUCCACAUCCGCCCCCGCAAAGCCCAAGAAAGGCCAGCCCCCCGCCCCUCCAGCACGGAAACCCAAGCCAAAAGGCGACGAUCCCACGCUGCUCGCCAACUCCGCCAGCGCACAAGAGGCGGAGAAGCGCGCACAAGAAGCCGUCCAAGUAGACGCCUCCAUCUACGACUACGACGCAGCCUACGACGCCCUGCACGCGCGCACCGCCGCCAAAGCCGCCGCCGCCCGCGAGGAAGCCCUCCAGCGCAAGCCAAAAUACAUGGACAGCCUGUUCGAAUCGGCCGAGCAGCGCAAAAAAGACCAGCUCCGCGCGCGCGAUAAGCUCCUCCAGCGCGAACGCGAAGCCGAAGGCGACGAGUUCGCCGACAAGGAGAAGUUCGUCACCGGCGCGUACAAAGCGCAGCAAGAAGAGACGCGACUUGCCGAGGCAGAGGAGAAAGAGCGGCAGAAGGCCGAGGAGCAGAAUCGCGCGAAAUUCGGCAUGCAGGGCUUCCAUAAGCAGAUGCUACAGGAGCGCGAGAAGCGACACCAGGAGGCCAUGGAGGCCGCUGCCCAGGCUGCAAAAGACGGAUAUAAACCCCCCGCCGCCGAUGCUGCGGAGGAGAACGAUAAGCCCAAGACAGACGCCCAGCUCGUAGAGGAGCUGCGCAGACAGGGCAAAACUGUCAUCGUCAACGACGACGGCCAGGUCGCGGAUAACACGCAGCUCCUCAGCGCGGGCCUGAAUAUCAUCGCAAAGCCGAAACCCCCUCCGCUCCCUGCUGCGGCUGCUGCACGCGAGGCGGCGAAGCAGACCGCUUAUCAGCCUCCCAAGGCGGCGCGCGCUGCUCAGCGCGAACGCCAGACGCAAAUGGUCGCCGAGCAACUCGAGCAGGCGAAUAAAAGAAAAGCGGAUGAGGACGCGCAGGAGGCGGCGAGGUUGGUGCAUGCGGCGAAGAGCCAGAAGACGGCCGGCGAGAUUAGCAGUGCUAAGGAGAGGUAUCUGCAGAGGAAGAGGGAGGCGGCCGAGGCUAAGGCUGCUGCUGCUGCGGGGAAGUGAGGAGGGGGUUGGGUAGUUUGUUGUUUUCGCGUUUUCUGGCGUGGGUGUUGUGGAUGGGAUGGGAUGAUGUGAUGUGAUGUUGAAUAGAUGUGAUCUACGCGUUUUGAAAGCCUAAUCCAAUCCAGACACUAGUAAUGAAAACAUACCAGGUAGUAAGUAGCUUACCUGAUAGGAACGAAUACACGCAUACCUCAG